UGUUUAUGGAGUUCGAGAGAGCUCCGCCAAACAGACGCCAGCAGAGUAAGAGGAACGCGAGAAGUAGUUGCUUUGUGACCACUGAGCUGUCUCUGCACACGCUGUUAUUUCCGGAGAAGCAGGAGAACGGAGGACUCACCGAUGUAAACUCAGAAGAUACACUCGUGGGCUGAUGAACUAUUAUUCAUAUCGGGAUAACAAGUAGGCUACAUGUUGCAGUAGUCUACUUCAGCGAUUUCGCUGAAGGGGCCCCGAGCUUCACUAAGGGAUGUAUCGGUACCGGGAUAUUAUCAUGAUGGAAUAGUACGGGCCCGUGCCAGUUCUGUGUUUAUCUGAACUUUAAAAUACUGCUGUGGCACUUUUUGACAGGGGUGGCGAAUAGUAUAGAAACUUACAAAUCUUAUCCUCUUGGUCGAUUAAGUUUGUUGGAAUUUGUUGACGCUCAUGACAGCCUUUGUUUUUGUUUAACUCUAUAAAUAAUCCAAAAGACCAGGUUGUUUUGAAAAUUGAGCUGUUUCAUAGCUGUUGUAUAUAACAUGAUUGAUCAAUGUAACUGCAUUUUGAAUUGUGAUUUUGCUCCUGGAGAGUUGCCAUCCUGGCUCAUGUGCUAUUCCCUUUAUUUUGCCCAGCAGCUGCAGCGCCACUACAGCCUAUCUGUGCUCACUUUGUGUCUCAGGGUGGGUUAUUCUCAGUGCUGCUAUGCAGACUGACUGGAGCCAUGCUCAGAAAACUGUGAUGGUACAGGCUCGAAUGCUCACAUAGAAAGAAACCUUUAGAGCCGAGAAAAAGCUCUCUGCCUAGCAGAUGUUACACACGCUUUGUGUUUUGAUGUGGAUUUAAUAUGGACUUCAGAAUGCUGCUCUGCAGACACAGUGGAGCCACAGAAAACCUGCUGGUAAAGUUUAAGUAAGACAUAACUUUUAGCCUCUGUCAGUGUAGUUGAGUAGCUUGUGUUACACAGGUUGCAGGGUUUAGAUUUUGUAAUACUGUACUAAAGCCAUUCUAGUUAAGUGUAUGCACAUUCAAAAUUGGAAGGUAUCACCAGGACUGGGAUCAAAAGUUAUGUCAAAUUCUCUUGACUUUUUACAGUUCUGACUUCCAGUUGGUGAAAGUUUAGAACAGUGGUCCUCACAGACUUUGUGGAACUGAAAUAUUUUGUUGGAAAAUUUUGAAGGCUUUGCAGUUGAGACGUAGUUCAGUUUCGUUUACUUUUGCAUAGUUAAAAUUAGAAUUGUGGUUAAUAUUUAUUUCACUUUAACUUGUUAGUUAAACUGUAUUGUUGGAAAAUGAGGAACCCUCAUCCACUGAGUAAUGCCUGGAAUAGGUGUAUUAAGAAAGAGCCAGUAUUGAUGACUGUGCCAGGCACUAAUAAGAGGUUCAAGAGGAAGUCCCGCGAGCCUAAAAGGCUGAAAACCUACCCAGUGGACAUGUCUGAUGUUGACUCGAUAGAUGACAUCCAGAUGGAGGCAAGUAAUGUCACCAGGUUGGCUCCGCUGCAGCUGAUGAUUUCACAGGAGGCAAUGGCCAGCACUGCAGGGAUACUGUCAGAACGACCAGAAGGAAACUUGUCUCCUAUUCAGAAUGGUGCUAUAGAUAUGAGAAUGGGCAUUAACAUGCCUGCCAUCACCUCCAAAUUGUCCCAGUUACCUGCCUCUCCAUUCUCUGAACCGGAGAUCUCGCAGUGGCCCACAGCCAUCUCCCAGCCUCUGUCCAACAGACCCAAAAUGGGUCUCUGCUCGACUUUCCCUCUGUCAACCAGCAGGAGCAGCCACAGCCACUCAUUCAGCCACCAGGACUUUUCCCUGGAACCUUCUUUGUCGGAACAAACUGCAGCUCUACCUGUCCCCAGAGUGUCCCAGACCUCUCAGUGUCAAGAAGACCAGUCACCUAAGGACUCUCCCAGGAAGCAGGUUGGAGUCAGUGGUGAUGGACGUGAGCGUCUUCGAGAGGUCAAAGCCAUCCAGCAGACCAGGAGACUACUCGCCAAUGCCCGAGAGAGGACUCGUGUCCACACCAUCAGUGCUGCAUUUGAGGCCCUAAGGAAGCAGGUACCAUGUUACUCCUAUGGGCAGAAGCUUUCAAAGCUGGCAAUACUGCGUAUAGCCUGCAACUACAUCAUGUCUCUGGCUCAGUUAGCCGAGUUAGACUACAGUUCAGACCACAGCCAUCUGAGCUUCUCUCAGUGCGUGGAGCAGUGCACCAGGACCCUGCAGGCUGAGGGCAGAAGCAAGAAGAGGAAGGAGUGAAGCUGAUAGUGGUGUCCAGGUCAAACACAUAAACUAAGAGGAUACAGGACAUUUUGAGGACAAAUGACAAGAUCAGGAUCAAAGAACAGUUGAGGAAAUGUGGAAAAGGUGAACAGGAUGAUUUAUAUUUUUUAUGAAUUACUUUUACCACUUGUUGGCAGGUGAAAUAACAAAUACUUAUCUGAGAUGGAAUUGUGAAUGUUCUGACCUUGAACAAACAACUGAAUAACAGACAAAUGCAAAUGGAUGUAUGGACUUGAAGAUUCAUCUCACGCACUCCCUCUGCAAUGAUCUCUUCUCACAUAUGCACAGCUACACAAAUUAAAUUAAUGUGCUCCAAUUCAGUAUUUCUCAUUGUUGCCUUGUUAACAUCAUAUUUAAGUAUGUAUUUCCUUCCCAUGAGCAUAAAGCUUGUCUGCAAGUGUGUACAAAUCUCCAGAACAACACCAGCUUAAUGAGGAUAAAACCACACAUUCAUAUGGCAGAAAGAGGGAAUAAAGUCAAUUUUUGAAGUUUCAGUGGUUUAAAUAUUAGAUGUCUCUUUUAAACCUUGUGUCUAUUUCAAAAUAUGGAAAUUAUGUUUAUUCAGUACUAAUAAAGAUAUUUUAAAAGUGA